AUGGAACUGAAUAAUCAAUCUAGAGUGACAGAAUUCAUUCUCCUGGGUUUCCCUGGCUCUUUCCAGCUGCAGAUUCUACUCUUCGUGAUAUUCCUCACCAUCUAUCUAUUGAUCUUAGUGGAAAAUAUCGUCAUCAUUGUGACAGUCCAGCUGAACCAAAAUCUCCACAAGCCAAUGUACUACUUCCUGAGCAAUCUCUCCUUCCUGGAGAUCUGGUAUGUCACAGUGACUGUGCCCAAGCUGCUGGUGAAUUUUAUGACUGAAAAGAAAACCAUCUCUUUCAUUGGGUGUAUGACCCAGCUUUACUUCUUCCUGGCACUGGCCAGCACUGAGUGUGCCCUCCUGGCUGUCAUGGCCUAUGUGGCCAUCUGCAAGCCACUGCGCUACCCAACCAUCAUGAACCACAGGGUCUCCUUACAUCUAGCAGCUGGAUCUUGGCUCAGUGGUGGCUUAAUUUCUCUGAUGAAGACAACAAUCAUAUCCCGGCUGGCCUACUGUGGCCCAUGCAUCAUCAAUCACUUCUUCUGUGAUGUAUCUCCCCUCCUAAAAUUGGCUUGCACUGACCUCUACUUAGCUGAAAUUACUGACUUUAUUUUAGCAUUGCUUAUUUUGGUAGUCCCACUGUCUACCACUAUCCUCUCCUACAUUCUCAUCAUUUCCACCAUCCUGCACAUCCCCUCAGGACAAGGGCGCAUCAAAGCCUUCUCCACAUGUACCUCACAUCUCACCGUCGUUGUCAUUUUCUAUGCUGCUACCAUCUUCAUCUAUGCCCAGCCCAAGGCAAUCUCAUCUUUCAACUCUAAUAAGCAUGUGUCAGUGCUGUACACAAUCCUGGUUCCACUACUCAACCCUGUUAUCUACUGCCUGAGAAACAAGGAAGUGAAAGAGGCUAUGAGAAAGACUUUACUCAGAGGGAACUUUACUCCACAGUAA